CGGAGAGAAGGAAUACAGGCCAUUGCGCUCUCUGUCGAUCAUGUGGCCGCAGUUUUUGUCACGACCUUGCUGGUCUGAAGUUGUCUUCUUCGUUCGAGCACCGGGUGGAAGGUCGAUCUGCCAUGCGAGUACUCACAGGACUUGCGCGUUUUGGACGUGUGGCUUCCGUCCAAGGUGUGUCCAUGUCCCACGGUCGUCCUUUGUGGAGUCGUCGUUGGACGCAUUCGGAUGCCUCCACUGCGGUCCGGACGCUACUGCAGUUUCCUGUGUUCAGCUCCGAACGUGCAGCUGCGCGAGCCUCUUUCCGUGGCAGUGGUUGUGGUGACGUGGUUGUUCCAACGUCGUUGUCGCCGUUCACUCCGACGGCUGGCCCACACAGAAUCCCAUCCGCAUCUUUCGUCGUCCAUUCCCCGCGAUCUCCAGCCUGCAGCGCAGGUCCUCCGUUGUGUAAUCGACAAGCGGAUGUUGGCAGAAGUGCAGGAGAGCGUGUGCACGUCAAUAGUGGACACGUGGCGAUCGGAGACAGCACGGCGCCAUCUACACAUGGGUCUGGUGGGGGGUGUCGCCGCAGUUCUGUGAGGGGAUGUCAUGCGGUUGUCGUCGUGGCCAACGGGCGUUGUGGCGGCCGCGUGGACGGUUUGUCGCUGCUCGUUGUGGGCGUAGCAGUCAUUGUUGUCCUCGUCUUCAUGGUAGGGGUCUUGCUUUUGUCGUUAGUUGUCACUGAGGGCAUGCACAGAAAGGACGAGCAUGGUUGCAGGUUGCGGUGUUCUCCAUCUCCUCAGCUGGGCGUUCACACGGACGGCCCGUGGAAUCGUACAAACACGCAGCCGGUGUCUCCCGAGACUCGCAUGGAUUCACCGUACGACGAAGGCGUCGCUGUUUCCGGAGGAGCCGGUGAAGACGGUCAUGCAGAGCACGAGAGUGUUGUUCCAGUGAUGGCAAGGUCGAUGUGCGAGCAGGGUGAUGCGCAGGGCCGGGGUGCGGAAGGCGGGGAGGGGAGCAGGCGGCCGGCGAAUGCUCGACCGCCGGCUCAAAAGAAGCAAAGCAUGCCAUGGACGUUGGACGAGCGAGUGAAGCUUGCAUUCGUUAUGGGCGAGGACAAUGCCCUUAUGGCGGAUGCUAACGGCCAACACCGAUUCAAGCAGAGCAAAGAGCGGUAUGCAUGGGUGACCGAUAGGAUGAAGGACGCUGGCUUCAAACAUAGGACCGUCGAAGACUGCCGCAAGAAGUGGUCCAACAUGCUACAGACGGCGAAGCUCAUCGUCGAAAAGUGUCACGCGUCUGGACAUGCGUCGUAUUGGGAUCUAUCUGUGGAGGAACGAAAGGAGAAAAAUCUCCCGCUGUCUUUUGAAAAACCGUUGUGGGACGCUAUGCAGUGGAAACUAAACCGGCCGUCGAUGAGGUGUGACAACACCUUGGCUUCGGAGAACCUAUCGGGGGAUGGAACAGAUCCAUCACCGGCGGGAGGAUCGGAUGAAAGAUGCACGGAGUCGGACAAUUCUGCGAAAAUGAGGCGGACGGCCACCGGGAAGGCGAGAGGGGAAGAUGGCAGUAGCGGUGGCACGAGUAUGGGGAGGGCCAUGGAAGAUUCUACACGCUCGUACUGUGAUGGCCUGGACAAAGCGGCCACCUCCCUUGCCAAAGCCACCGCAGACCCAGGCACCGCAAUCGCCGCUCGGAUAGGGGAUGUGGCCGACGCGAUGCGGGGUGGGAACAGUGUUCUGGAGUUGCUAGUUGGGGUUCUAGCCCGCAGGGGAGCGAAUGGAGAUGAUGAUGAUGAUGAUGAUGAUGAUGAUAAUGACGAUGACGACGAUGAUGACGAUGAUGAUGUUGGUGAUGGCGAUGAUGAUGGUGUCGAUGAUGACGUUGAUGGUGAUGAUGAUGAUGAUGGAGAUGAUGAUGAUGUUGAUGGCGAUGAUGAUGAUGAUGAUGAUGAUGAUGAUGAUGAUGAUGAUGAUGAUGAUGAUGGCGAUGAUGUCCCCGGCGAUGAUGAUGACGAGGAUGAUGGUGAUGAUGGUGAUGAUGCCGUCCACUCGGGUGAAUCGUCCCAACGGCACAACUACAACAAGCUCUUCUUUGACCCUAUCGCCAUCUCCCCAAAUGAUGUGGAUGAUCGACCAUGAGCAUCAGCCUGGUUGAGCACGUGCGACUUUUACGUCGACAGAACACCACUA